AUGGAUUCAGAAGACGGAAGCUUGUUUAUCAAGCAACUUGCUGCUUUUGUUCGCAGCAACGAAAAGGCUCUCGCCAACGCCUUGCAGCUUCAGCGCCGCGAUACUCCGACGUUUCCUGAGCGUCCCUCAACUGCAAUCUCCAGCACCAGCGCCUUUGCCAACGCUCUGUCUCUGGGGCCGCUCAACUUUUCCUCUCACGGAGUAAAAUCUGCGAAGCUCGCCCUCACUCCCCACCACCUGUUCUAUCUCCUCUCUCGCUUCGAAGAAUUGGGUAUCAAUGUGGGGCCCAUGAAGGUUCGCUUGGAGGAUCUCCACGACAGCUCAUCGUCUGCAAACUACGUGUCAUUUCUGAGCAACACCCAGCGGUCUAGAAGCCAUAGCUCAGAUGUAGGCUCCAUCCACUCCGUCUCCAGUAUCCGGAGCGUCAUGUCUGGCAUGUCUGCCUUGUGGGCCAGCUUCGGUAUCGGUGCCAGCAUAUCUGCUGCUCGGACGGAGCGUCAAAAGGCCGCGUUGGAGGCGGACAUGAAGUAUUUGUAUUCCGCCUUCACCAAGAUCCCCUGUCUUCGCUUGGCCCCUGAUUGGCGAGCUCGGCUCAUCAAGGGCUACGAAGAGUUUCCCUUUGACUCUGCGGUCCCCCUCUACGUCUUCAAGAAUGUCCAGGCGCUGGAAGUGAGCAACAUUGACUUUCGUCAAUUCUUUGGCUGGGAUCGCAUGGCCGACCAGCUCCGCUCGCUUACGCUCAAGCAUGCCGGCAUCGAAGAUCCUGCCGAUAUUUUAAUCGAUAUUGUCCUGGAUGAUAUGGACAAGAGGCGCCGCAGAACGUCAAAGUCACAGCACUCGCCCUCAAUACCUUGGAGCGGGAGCCAUAGCCCCCGCAAGAGCCCAACCAUGUCCGGUCGUGAACUUCGUGUCGGCUCCAUGGCUCCCAGCGAGGCUGCCGUCGAGGACGGUAACACGUCCGAUGGCUCGGCCCGCACCCUGCGAAGACAAUCUACGGAUGACCUAUCACGUUCUCUAAACAAGGACUCUCGGCCGAGGAGCAAUUCCCCAUCACGCCCAUCAAGCUCUCGUAAUCACACCCACAUCCGAUCUCAACAGAGAAUGCGGCGUUCUGGAUCUGGGAGUUCCAACUCCAGCCUAUCCGACUCUUGGUACCAUCACCACUCUAGAGGCAGUUCUGCCAACCUCUUGGGAAACACAGUCCUACCUUCGUCCAAGUGGCGCUUCCUGAGGCAUCUCAGUCUGGCAGAUAACCCCAUGACGUCGAUUCCGGCCUCAAGCCUGGCUCCUCUUUCCAACACCCUCUUCUCUCUCGAUUUGUCAUCCAAUCUCUUCAGCCAAAUCCCGGACAGCCUGUCCACCCUCACCGCUCUCCGCGCCCUAAACCUGUCUCAUUGCAUGAUUGACUCUCUGCACUCCCUGACCCGAAACCCCCUCCCCGCCAUUACUGCUCUCAACUUGAGAGCCAAUAGACUGCAAUCUCUCGCCGGUAUCGAGAAGCUGUAUCCCUUGGAAAGGCUGGACCUUAGAGACAACCGCCUUACAGACCCCAAGGAACUUGCACGCUUGACUGGAAUUCCAGAGAUUCGUGAAAUCUGGGUCGAGGGCAACCCCUUUGCCCGCACUCACAAGGACUACCGUGUGGUGAUCUUCAACCUGUUUCGGAUGACGCCGGGAUACACCGAGGAUAUCGUCAUCGAUGGCUCAGGCCCCAGCUCCUCUGAAAAGCGUAUUCUGGUUGACCGAGUCCCGAUUCCCGAGUCUGUCCCAGUGGUGAAGCCGAUCGUGACCGAGAUGCGAGGCGUCGACGUAAGCAAGCCCACCGUUGUCUAUAGUGCUGUCAAGGAGGCUUCCGUCCUGCGCAAGGAGAGGCCAGUGCCAAAGGCCGUCGCCAGCGAAAUCAACACGACUUCAACGAGGCGCCGGAGGAACACCAAACGACGCAUCGUCGAUCUUUCGACUAGUGACAAAAACCCAAUGCCCUCGCCGGUUGAUGUGCAUAGCCCAAAAUACCCGAUCAAUUCCCCAAUUGCCGGCUCAAUGGAUGGGAGCUAUAAAAUUUCUCACGUAUCUAAAACUCAACCGUCGACUCCCCUCUCAUAUCCAAAGGCCCACGAGUUUGGCAGCGGAGCCUUUUCUUUCGAGAACGCACAUGCCAACGGUCCCGCCCAUGCCGACCACAUUUUUAGCACGAGCGAUAUCCAGCAGCAAGACUGGGAUGCCAGCGGCGAGCUGUACCGUCGCAAAAUAGAGGCCCUGCGUGACAAGGUCGGCGAGGGCUAUCUGAGCGUGCUGAGCGAGGAGAGCUGGGAUGCCAACAAUGUUUUUGGCUCAUCCAAUAUCCCCACCACCACCGCUGCGCUGUUGGCGGCCCAUCCCGCCCACCACGCUCCUCCCAUGCAAGCCAUCCAUGGAGGCCACUCAUAA